AUGUCCGUCCUCGCGCUCCACGCCGCUCCCCAUCAUCUGGGGUGCGGGCGCGGACGCGGUCGAGUUCAACGGCGGCCCCCAUCCACGGCCAUCGCAAGCAUUCCGGGCGUGUGGGGGCACCUUCCCACCUUCCUCGGCGGCCCGCACGCUUAUAUCGGGUGCCCCUUCUUCCCUACCGAGAUGAAGCCUCUCGUCUUCACGCUUAAACGCGGCUUCGAGUUCGAGUUUGGGGUGCCCGCCAAGGGCAUUAUGGCAAUUGGCGACCUCAUCCAGCUUCCAGGCUCGAAGAGCGGUCGCGCGAAGGGCGCGCAGCUUCUGCUGCUCAUACGCCCGGGCCCCCGUGUAGCGCUCCUGAGCCUGGCCGGGUCGGGUGUCGUUCGAGGUUGA